GUGUUCCGUGUGGAAAGUUUACCGGCUCGGGUGCAAAGUUUCAGCCGUCUGCAAACUGGGGUUUGUUAGUGAACGUUCGAGGAAUAUGCUGGUGUCGACGGUUGUUCGGCUUCGUGUUUUCGUGUUUGGUUUGUCUUCAACCGUGUCGCAUUGUUCGGUAAUUUAAGGAGAUAGUCGUAACAUUCUGGCAGCUAGCUUAACGGACUGGUUUAGCCCAGAUUUUAACUUGAGCUGCCUAGCUAGCUGGUGUCACGAAACCAGAAGUCAAUUUUGAGGUGUUUUGAAAAGACUGGAAAAUGGCUUGUGAGCCGAACCGCGUCCUGCUAUGCAUGCUGUCGCUGACUUUUGUGUUUUUCAUUGUGGAAGUUGUAGUUAGCCGGCUGACCUCGUCGCUGUCCAUGCUGUCCGACUCCUUUCACAUGCUGUCGGACGUCAUCGCGCUCAUAGUCGCUUUGGUCGCGGUGCGAUUCGCCGAGAAGACCCAGGCAACCAACAAAAACACCUUCGGGUGGAUCCGGGCGGAGGUGAUGGGGGCUCUGGUUAACGCCGUCUUCCUCACGGCUCUGUGCUUCACCAUCAUCCUGGAAGCCGUCGAGCGCUUCACGAACCCUCAUGUGAUCGAGUCUCCUCAGGUGGUCGCUGGCGUCGGUGCCCUGGGGCUUCUGGUGAACCUGCUCGGCCUCUGCUUGUUCCACGGGCACUCUGGAGGAGGCCACGGGCAUUCCCACGGAGGCUACUCCCAUGGCAGUAAGAACAAGAAGGAUGAAAACGCAGUCGGUACUAAAGGUGCAGCCGAGGUGCAGCUCAAUGGGAGCACGCAUUACGAGAUGAGCCAGGAGGAGGACUCUUCAUCACAGCUUAACAUGCGCGGAGUCUUUUUGCAUGUUUUGGGUGAUGCCCUGGGCUCAGUCAUCGUUGUGGUCAAUGCUCUCAUAUUUACCUUUGUGUGGCAGCCCUGCAAUCCUAAGGAUUUAUGCAUUAACCAGUGUAUCAACGAACACAGCACAGACCACCAACAUGUCAACCAUACACUGCUGGACCUACUGCACAGUCCCACCGGUCCGAACAACGCCACUAUAAAGAUGGCCGGUCCCUGCUGGGUUCUCUACAUGGACCCGACACUGUGCGUUAUUAUGGUUUGCAUCCUUCUGUAUACAACCUACCCACUGUUGAAGGAAUCAGCCCUUAUCCUGCUGCAGACUGUGCCCAAGCAGAUCAACAUACACCAUCUCAACGAGCGGCUGCUUAGUCUCGACGGCGUCCUGGCCAUUCAUGAUCUGCACAUCUGGCAGCUUGCAGGGAGCCGCAUCAUUGCCACAGCACACAUCAAGUGCCAUGACCCCACAUCUUACAUGGAAGUGGCCAAACGCAUUAAGGACUUCUUCCACGAUGAGGGCAUUCACGCUACCACCAUCCAGCCUGAGUUUGUUACUUUUAACUCGGAGUCGCGAGACUCCCUCUGUGAGCUCUCCUGUCGGACUCAGUGCGCUCCUAAGCUGUGCUGUGGCUCAACGGACAAGCAUAAUGUGGGCUUGGACAAGAAGGCCAGUAGUGACCCUAAGGUGGAUACCGAUUCAGUGCUGGAGGUGAUCAUUGAGACACCAGAGAAGGCUGCAUCCAUUCACUUGCUGCAGCCUGAAGUUGCCAGCACUAGAGAGGUGGAGUCUUCUCUCUGAGAUGGAUUGAACAGAGAGGCAGAGAAUGAGCUGGAAAACCUCACCAGGAAACAAAAACAUGAUUGUCAUUUGCAAAACAGUUUUUUGGCUAUGGCAUUUAAUUUUCCUCAGAUGUUCAUUCUGUCACUGCCAUCCCCCCACCUUUAUGGCUGUAAAACCCUUUGUCUUCUCUCAUUUGAGUCAUUUUUUUAUGCCCCUCCUUCCACCUGCUGCUUCCCCUAUGCUGCUCAUCCUCUCCAGUUGACUGUUGUCUCAGUUUUGUGGAGAUGCAUGUCGGGGUUCACUGACCUGUCUCCGAGGCCUGCAUGAGUGUCCCUCCUUACCACCAUGUUAUGACACAUUAUCUCAUGUCAUGGUGUUUUUGUGCCAAAGUGUCACUACAGGACUGAAUGAAAGGACUGGAGAGGCAUCUUUAUCUCUGCACAGAUGCAUGCAAUUCAGAGCACACAUCAUUAGGUUAAUCUGUUUAGCCUAUGGACCUGUUGGCAAAGAAUUUGUUUUUGUUGUGUAGUUUUAAACCAAUCUUUUUUCUUAACCUCUGGCCCCAAAUGGAAUAAGUAUUGUAUUUGCAGAAUAAUUUAAGUAUUUAAGUUAUUAGAGAUGAUUUAUUUUCCUCUGUAAAUGCAGUUUCUAAUGUUUAGUUCAAGUGUGUUACAAUAUAUGUUUGUGAUAUAUCUCAUCUACCUGUUUUCUUGGAGCACGCUGGAUCCAAGGUAUCUUGAAAGGCUGAAUUUCAGUUCUGGAUUCCUGAAAAACCUGCCCCAUAGGGAACUUAGCCUCACCCACAAUUACUAUGAAAACAAACAAAGGCAAAAUAAUAAGAGUGCCUGAGGGGAAAAUUGAAACAGCCUAGCUUGACACUCACCUGUCUAAACCACAGAAGCUGUAUGACAGAUGAUGCCUGGCUGAUUUUAGGUAGCAGUAUUCAUUCCACCCACCACUGGAGACAAACCAAAUACAAAGCAACUCAGCGAAUCCAUCUCCAAACCCUUUCCAUUAAAAUGCUUCCGGACGAGCCCCCAGUUGUUAUGUUCAGUACUGGUAAACUAGGGGGGAGGGGAAGUAAGCAAUGAAACUGUGCUGGGGGAAGAAGGAAACUGACAUGGAGGUGCAAUCUCCUAAUUACAAAAUAUAAUCAUAAAUAUACAAAUUAAUCUGGAUAACCCCCCCCCCCCCCCCACCAAAAACAAAAAAAAAAAUCUAUUCAGAAUCCAAAGAAAAACAUUGAUCAAAGCUACAGACAAAUUAACACCUUGGUGUAAAGAAGAAUCAGUCUUCUUAAAAAGGAAUAAAGUAUACGAAGCCCUCUUACUGACAGUGAGAAAAAUAUAAAGUGGCCAAGCUAUAAUAAGGUGUAGGAACAUGAAUUGUGGCUUCAUAUUAAUAUGUGACCAUAAAAUGAUUAAUAACACUGCAUUAUGUCUUUUAUCACAAAGCAUGGAUAAAUCUGAAUGAUUUCAUUUUAAUUUUGAGAUGACUUGUAAUAAUAUCCUGCAGUCUGUGCCAGUUAAGCACAGUGUCAAUACUUUGUGGCACUGGUAGCUAAAAAAAACACAAAUUAGAAUUGCUGUCUUGUAACUCACUAAAUUAAAAGAACAUAUAGUGAAGAUAAACUGUUCUACAUCUGAUGAGCUUUGAUGUGCUGGAGCAACUUUGUUCUGCUAAAACCAGAGCUAAACAACAAAUGAAAUGUAUGGCUUGGAGUGGUGCCAAAUCCUUUUGCUGGUACUGCAAAUUAGUGAUUGCUAACUUGAAUCACUGCUCUGGAGCAAUGUUCAAAACUGGUUUCUACCACUGUUCCAGAGUCUGUAUGAAAAAGAAACCAUCAAGAGCUGUUCGAAGUGUGGCUUAAAUACCUGGGGCGACUUAUAUUGUGAUUUAGCGCUAUAUGAAUACAUUUAAUUGAAUUCAACACAAAUGCUUUGAAAUGUUCUAGUUGAUUUGCAUCCUCUGUAGUUAAAACUUAUUAAAAUGAAUGAACUAGACUUGCACUGUAUUUGAAUUUCACAUUUAAAGGCUACAAUCAGUGCAGGGUCUACAUAUGCAUUAGCACAUAGGUUGCUUGUUAAUUUGUGGUGACACAAUAUUGCUUUUGUCACCAGGAGGCUCCGUAAACAUUCUGGCAGCAACUGAUCACUGCUCUCCACGCUGGUACACUUACUGACCACUGAUAAGAACUAUCAGAACAGGAGUGACGGCGGAGAGGAGACCAUUUUUGCAAUAUUCUGUUCUAUUUUUUUUUUUUACUAUCUAUCCAUUUUUAAAUGUGAUUCAAACUUUGUUGCUAACUGAUUUAAUUGCAGGCAUUACUUGGGUACCAACAUGUCCCAGCUUGCCUUUAUUAAAACAAACUGCUGUAGUGUGUGAACAUGCAAUGUUGCAGUGGCACAGUCGAAAUAAUUUACAUGUUCAUUCAAAAUCUUUUAGCCUUGCAAACUGAUGGGUUGGAUCUGUUGCUCACAAACAAGCACUGUACUGCGUCAGUGACAUGUUCUCUGUGUGACUUUAUACUGGAAAGUUUCAUGAUGUCCGAUUAUUAUGUUUUAUUUUAAAAUUGUCAUGAAUGUGUUCAGCCUGUUACUGUUCACACUGAGGGAUUCUUACAGUUCCGUGAUGUUCUGCUGCGACGUUGGCGUGACCAAACAAAGACUGGAGCAUUUGGAUGGACUCCAACAUCUGUCCUCAUCGCUGAGCAGGAUGCUUGAUGGAGUGAAGUGGCCUUUGAAAUUGUAGAGAAUUUUCCUUAUUAAAAAAAACACAUUUUGAGAUAUUCACUCCUAUUAAAAUAUACUGUAUGCAGUAUAGAAAUACAAGCUGGGAAA